GGCAUAUGCAUAAAAAGUUAAGCUCUUUAAUAAUGUAGACUUGACAAUGUUUCGUUAUGAUAAUGCUGCUGACGGUGGUAUUGGAGGCAGUGGCGGAGGGGGAGUGUCGUCACGAAAAGCUCAUCCUAUUUUCAAGACAAAGUCUGCUAGCGAUGGAGGUUCGACAAGCAAUUCCUACAAUGGUUCCGGAUUUUGGAAUCUCUUUGUUUGUAGUAUUAAUUUGAACAACAGUGAUCCUAGAUUUCGACCUCCCAUUUGUUGCGUCAUUGUGGGAACAGUUGUCAUAGCAAUUGGAAUCGUCGCCUUAUCCUUCAGGGAGUAUACGGUUGUAUUAACUUCUGGCGCAGUUGUUACUGUCUUGGGAGCUGCAAUUGUUAUUAUUUCUUUCGUAUGGUUGUUUAUCACAAGACAAAAAAUAUUGAAGGCUUUACCUCUGAAAGCUGCCACUAUAUCCAGGACUUGUCCAGAGCAUGGUGUUUUAGACGAUUGUUAUUUAACUAAGCAAAAACUGCCACCGGACCCUAUUAUGUCACGCGGCUUAGUGAGUAUAUAUUAUAGAAGUUGUGAAGAUACCAUACCGGGUUUUAAAAAAAAUAUUCCGGGCACAAAAUCAGUGCGAGUUCCGCCAACUGAAGGUUUUACACCCGUAGAAUCGACUUGUUUUCAGUUGAUAUCAGGAAAAGUGGACAAAACAUCGGGUACAAUUCAUCGUGCUCCUGACUUGAUAUCAGGAGACGAGUCACAGGGUGAAGAAAAAUAUAUAGCACCGAGACGGGCUUCAACUGAAAAUGGAGGAAGGACAUUGCCUGCUACACCAAGAUUAAACUCAAAUAUUGAAAAUGAGAUGAAAAAACAACUUGAUGAAAUUACACAUACUCGCCACGUACCGAAACAAAAUUCUGAACCAAACUCUUACCAGCCAGAACCGCAUCGGGGUUCUAAUUAUGAUCAGUCCAGGCAAAGAAAACGGUCAGACGAGAGGGGGAAUAUACCUUCUAGAAAUUAUAAGGACCAAAUAAUAACGGUAGAACAAAAUUCACAAGAAAACAACCGUAAAUUCAAAGACCACGGUCGAAUGUCAACUUCGCAUGCAAAUGUUUAUAGGACUGACUUUCAACCAAAUAAACGACAUCGAUAGAUCAAACGUUUUAUUUGAUCAAAGUAAUUUAGCUCCAAGCGAUACCCUAUUAAUUUCAUUUCUUGUUGAUAUAUAAUUUAAAAAGUUCCUAUGGGCAAAUGCUAUAGGCACGGUCUGUCACCAGUAAUUAUAAUAUUACUGUGGAAAUGUAUGCUCUUUUACCAAAAAUAGUAGCAAUAUAUUCCAAUUGACUAUUCCUAUUAAAAAUACGGAGAACUGUUUAUUGUAUUUCACGUUUUUUACUAACAGUAACGAGUUUAUAGAUCAGUUACUUCGACGAAAGACUUGCCGUUUGAAGUUCGUCAGUAAGAAUUAAGACUUGUCUAUUGUUUGCAGGUCAACCGUUUACAGCCAGACUCUCUGUGCCAAAAGAACAACUGUUUAGUCAACCUUAGACAAUAAAAUAUGUAAUGUUAUUCCAGCGACACUAGACUCUGCCGUAUUACUUGAUGUAUAAAUAACAUUGCAUUGCACCCAUUCAACUUGAUCUUUGUAAUAUGAUGAACUCCGCACAAAUAAACCGAUCUUGUUAUAGAGGCGAGUAACAGGUCAUAAUUCAUUAGUCCUGAAAUUGGGAAAUUCUGCAUUUUUAGGCGUACAGGAUGGAACAACAAGAUGGAAUAUGAUAUAGAGAAAAUGGCUUGAUUAACCCGUUUUAUUAAUUUCUGUGUGAGCGCAUCAAUUUUGAGAGUUUAAAGACUCAAGAAUCGCGUUAAUAUUGAAGACUGAAAAAAAUAUCCGGUUUGGGAAAUGAAUAGAAUAACUCUGUGAAAUCUAACGACAUUUUUAUUUAUCAUUUUUUUUAUCACGUUGUACAUUUUUCAUUUUUAUUAGUUUUGAAACCUAAUCUUUUCGACGUAUAAAAUACGUUUGGAUUACAUUCUUAUUUAAAUAUAUUUUUAAUGUCAUAAAUGUCAAUAAUAAUAAUAAUAAACUGAAAUAAACAAUAUAUACAUCUCUAU